AUAUAGAUAGACUAGGGGGGGGGGAAGGGGGUACAAUUGGGCUUUGCGCCGAGCGGGCCGCAGUCGCUCGGAAUAUCCACCCACGAAGUGGAUAUCGCGAGAGCAGUUGGCCAUGUCGAACUAAACCCUCGUGGCAAGAUCAAGUGAAGGCCAUCCGAAGUGCCAACGGAGCGACUCAAGUCACGAUGCGGACAGGCAUAACAUCAUCGUUAGUGCGCACCAGCAUCCAUACAUGUACGGUCAACAUGUCUCGGGGAAUAUCUCAAGUGGGCGCUCAAAGUAAGCACCAAGUGUGGAUGCGCUACCGCAUGAUCUCGGCGAAGGCCCUCUCCACCCGCCUCAGUAGUCUCGGAGGAAGCUUGGACAGUGCCGGGGCGCGUACUUGGGUAGUUUAUCUCGGAUGGAGUGUAGCUCCGGGCACUUCCGGGCGCUACACUCAUCCCUUACGUUCAUCCCUUACAUUCAUCCCCCCAUGUCACCAUACGUUCUAUGACUGUGUAUGGCUAUUACUGUGUACCCGUGCGAUGCUACGGUAUAUUACCACUUUGUAUUCCCACCUCGUUAACUCGCCAUGCGGUCAGCAUUUGUCAAUCGGCGACGAACAACGGGUUCCGGGAGGCCGGGGGGGGCUGGCCCAAAUCAAAUUCUCGGUCUCGGUUAUGUUCUCUAGGUGAUGAUGUGAUUCUCCCACCUGAACACCUUGCCUCUUUGGACACUCAACCAAACCCCGCAAGGCCGGCCUUGCAGAUAUUGCAUGGUCGGGUCGGUAGGCGAAGACGACAGCUGUGUUCGGAACGAGACUAACGCAGACAAUAGGCAGCUUAUCUCCGCCCACGGUGUCUGUGCCCGUCCCACGUUGACUGUGCACCCCGGCCGCCUACCGGUCC